GAGGGGGGAAGCAGGGUCCGCUGGAGCCAGGAGGAAACACACGGCGCCGCAGCGAGCAGGAAGUCUGAGUGGGAGAGCAGCAGAAAGACGAGAGGGUGGAAAGAGGAAGCAGCAGCAGAAGAGAAAGCAAAAGCUCCCCGUGCCGCCCGCUGCCCGCCUGCCCGCCCUGGACUCAGCAUCUCCGGCUCCUGCCCGGGCGGGAACGCUGCGCCGCCGCUGCCGCUGCCAUGGCCCGGGAGAACGGGGAGGGCAGCGCCUCCUGGAAGAAGCAAGCCGAGGACAUCAAGAAGAUCUUCGAGUUCAAGGAGACCCUGGGAACGGGUGCAUUUUCUGAAGUAGUUUUGGCCGAAGAGAGGGCUAGUGGAAAACUAUUUGCAGUCAAGUGCAUUCCCAAGAAAGCACUGAAGGGGAAGGAAAGCAGCAUAGAGAAUGAAAUUGCGGUCCUGAGAAAAAUAAAACAUGAAAAUAUAGUUGCACUGGAAGACAUAUAUGAGAGUCCAAACCACUUGUACCUGGUCAUGCAACUAGUGUCUGGAGGCGAGCUUUUCGACCGCAUAGUAGAGAAAGGAUUUUACACCGAGAAGGAUGCAAGCACUCUGAUACGGCAGGUCCUAGAUGCUGUCUACUACCUGCACAGAAUGGGCAUUGUGCAUCGAGAUCUCAAGCCUGAGAACCUGCUGUACUACAGCCAGGAUGAAGAAUCCAAAAUCAUGAUCAGUGACUUCGGAUUGUCAAAGAUGGAGGAUAAAGGAGACGUCAUGUCCACAGCGUGUGGAACCCCAGGAUAUGUUGCUCCUGAAGUGCUGGCCCAGAAACCCUACAGCAAAGCGGUGGAUUGUUGGUCUAUUGGGGUAAUCGCAUACAUUUUGCUCUGUGGAUAUCCUCCAUUUUAUGAUGAAAAUGACUCCAAGCUCUUUGAGCAGAUUCUUAAGGCGGAAUAUGAAUUUGACUCUCCAUAUUGGGAUGACAUCUCGGACUCUGCUAAAGAUUUUAUUCGGAACUUGAUGGAGAAAGACCCUAACAAAAGAUAUACCUGUGAGCAAGCAGCCCGGCACCCAUGGAUCGCAGGGGACACCGCCCUCAGCAAAAAUAUCCAUGAGUCUGUCAGUGCUCAGAUCCGAAAGAACUUUGCAAAAAGCAAAUGGAGACAAGCAUUUAAUGCCACAGCAGUUGUGAGACAUAUGAGAAAGUUACAUCUUGGCAGCAGUUUGGACAGUUCAAAUGCAAGCGUGGCAAGCACCCUCAGCCUGGCCAAUCCACUUCCCGAUGGAACAACCAGGAAAGAUUGUAUGUCCCCAUCUGCUCUCUGUAGUUUUGCUUCAUCUGCUUCUUCGGGUAUUUCUGCAGUAGGAGGAGAACGGAGACCCAGGCCAACCACAGUAACAACAGUGCACACGGGGAGCAAGUGAUCAGCAGAGGAGGAUAGAGACGGGAAAGCCAUCAUAUCGAGCGUACCUACUCCGAGUGAUUUCAUCCUGCAUUGUGCACUCGGCGAAGGACUAGAAGAGAGAAGAUUUUUUAUGGCCAUAUUUUAUACUGCAAUUCUGAAAUGUUUCAUUUAGCACAAACUGCAAUGACUCCAGGGGGAACGGAUUUAACAGUCUCUGGUGCUGUAUAUAUGAGUCUAGCAAUGUUCUAACUAACAGACGCGCAUUCUUUUUCCCGGUGAUUUAUUCUCUUCUCAGUGUAGGUAACAGUAUAUGUUGUAUUUUUUUCCAUUAACUAAAAAGGUCUCGGCUGGAUUAUUUAAAUAGAGAUAAUUUUUGAGAAAUAGACUUUUUUUUUUUCUUUUAGCAAGUACUUCCAGUUGCAUCCCUCCUUCCAGUUUGCUGAGGGAUAGGUUACUUCUGUCGGUAGAGAUUUGCAUUGACCUUCCAAAACGGGAGGGUUUCAAAGGCAUGCAUGCCGUUUUUAAUUCCUAAAAUUGGACUGUACACCUGUCUGGAUCUAGCAGUGCCAUUACAGUAAAACAAUCUGCUUUCCCUCUCUUCCUCCUUCUUGGAAACAAUGGUGAGAGUUGAUUGAAAACAACCCAUCAGGACGUGCUGUGAACCUGCAACAUUCAUUGACUUUGACAGGAGUGGCCCUUAGUUCAGCAAGCAUGUGGAAAAUGAUAUAAUGCUUCAUCCUGCAGCUCUUAUUCCUUGGUUAAACCCUUUGUGGUCCAUCAGUGCGGCCACAUAACUAGGAGUCAGGAGAGCCUGGGUUCUGUUCCCAUGUCUGCCCCUACCUUGUUGCUUGAGCUUUGGGCAAGUCACUGCCCAAGGUCAAAAACUUCAAAUGUGGCCUCUGAUUUUGAGUACCUCCAGUUUGGGGCCUGCUAAUUGAGAGCUGGUGAGCACUGCAACCCACUGACCUCAGCUGAAGUUAUUGGUGGCUCAGAGCUAGGCCCCAAGUGCCCCAAGCUGGGCACCAAAAAUCAGAAAGCAUUAUUGAAAGUUUUGGCCUUUUAAAAAAAAAAAAAGCCGUGCCUCAGUUUCCCCAUCUGUAAAGUGGUGAUAAUGCUACACACUGCAAUGUGGACGCAGCCUGCCUUUCAUUGUGGCGUAUAAGCUACCUGUGCCCUAUACGCCACCGCAAGCAUAGAAAAGGCAAAAAACGGGCACUGUCACUGCUUUAUCAUAAAUGUUUUAAAUAUCCUGGAACAGAAGAGAAGGCAGUGUUCAGAGAUCACCGCACUUACAAACCUUGUGAGACGUGACCAGAUCUCUACAAGUCAUUCCCAGCUUUGAUUUUUCUGCUAGGAGGAGAAAAGGUAGAAGGGGAGUUGAUGAAACUGAGGCACAUUUAAGCUAUUACUAGCUCCCUACACCCCAAAUACAGCCAUCUCCACAGAGAGGCAGGAAUCAUUUUUCCUUAAACGAUUCUGUUGCCACAUCCACGUCAGUUAUUGUCUGUAAAGAAUUAGAUGAACCAGUCACAGACACAUCUGAAUGUAUACGGCCGUAGUGAACAUGCUACGAAAAGCCAUGACAUUUACUUUUCAUUGAGAUGUCAAAGAUGUAAGGUGAAAUCCUGCCCCUAUUGAAGUCAGUGGGAGUUUGGCCAUUAGUUUCAGAGGAGUCAGGAUUUCAAGAAAACCAGGUGGUACAUAGUGCUAGCUCUUUACAAAGAUGUCAUUGCACUAGCCGCUCAUAAAGAUAUUACAUAUAAUAGAUCUCGGUUGAGUCAGUAUUAAUCUGUACACCAUUUUCAGUCUGGAGAUUUGGAGUAUGAUUUAACCAGUUUCCCACAGAGGUUCCCAACAACCCCAUAUCAUAUUGUGCCUAGCACAGACAUUCAAACUAUAAUGAUUUAAUGUGAACUCCAUAAAACACUCGUGUGCAUCUGACUUUCCACUGUGGACAUCUGACACUCCACUAUAUCACCUUGUAAAACCUCAGAGAUGCAGCCAGUCUCUGACAUAAUGGGCCAGAUCCCCAGCCAAUGUCAAGUGGCGUCAUUCCACUGAAGUCAGUCGAACUACUCCGAUUUUCACCAGCUGAAGAUCUGGACCAACACGUGACAGUGACAUACCAGAGCACUGAUAUGCAUGCUCGGUUUUUAAUAGAGUAAUUGCUCUUCAAAGAGGUUAUUUGGCUCCAUUCUCAAAGCAAAAGCAAAAAGCCACAGCCAUUAAUUUCUAAGAAACACGUUCAAAUGCCUGAUACUGGUCUCAUUGAAGUCAGCGGUAAAAUUCCCGUUGGCUUCAGUGAUGCAGAAUUCUGCCCCAGAUUUGGUAGGAACAGCAGUCAAUGCUGGGGGACCUUGUUGAGCUGAGCCCCUCUUAUCCAAAAUCCUACAUUAUCUAAAACUGGAGUGUGCCCCCUGACAUACAGUGUUUUUCAUUUAGGGCCUUAUUCAUAUUCAUACUAAGGUCUCUUGCCAUCUCUCUGGCAGUGUAAAUGGGGCUUAAAGUGGCUGUUAAUGCAAUUUAUGCCACUAUAAGACCUAUUUAUGCUGCCGGACUGGUGUAAAGGGACCUUCAUUUAAGUCAUAAUAAGGCCCUAAAAGCCUUAACUUAUCUCAGAACUUCAUCUUCCAAAUAAAUUCAGUUGGCCCAAUAAAUUCUGAUCUCAGUUGCACCCGUGUAAAUAUGAAGUAACUUGAUUUUGAGUCAGUGGAUUUACACCACAUUCACACCGGUUUAACCCAGAAUUUGGCCGAUGGCGCUUUCCUGUAUAUGCUGCUGCAUAUAAAGUGAAGCUCAAGCAGCCCCUGUUUGCAUUCUCUUCUAACAUCAGACUGAAGUUUCUGAUUUUGAUUUAAUUGCUUAUAACAAUAAUCAGAAUAUGGCCCAGUUCAAAUCUGUCUUGCAAAAAUAAAUGUUUUCCUUUGGCAAAAUAAAGAGGAGUGCCAUACAGAAAGGCGAGUCCGUUGCAAGAGCGCACUCCCUCAAUUGAUGUUUGGUUAAUUUUCUGCCACAGUCCAGUAUGUCUACAAUGCCUCCAUGCUGGAUGCGAAUAGUGUCACACUUAGCUGUGGCUUUACAAUAGUUUCCAUUUCAUUCUAGACUGGAAAUUAGAUUUGUCUUAAUGUUGCUGGUAGUCCACAAGAAUUGGAUCAUUUUAUUAUCGCUCUAUUCGGAUUACUACCUUAAGAAAAGGAUCAGAAGACGUUAAAAGUAAAACGUUUCUUUCUGCCAGAAGUCGAGGAGAUGGAAAGCUUUUGUUUCUCAAGAACUGUGGCUGGGGAUCUGACAGGUAUUUGUGGGGAGGAGAGAGCGGAGAUUUUUACUGUCAUUGAUUCACUACGGAUCUAUCCCUCUUCAGAGCCAAAUCUUUUCAACUUACACCCCCGCACGUCUAGCGACAGGUGUAACUCGGCAGACUACACCCCAGCCUGGCCUGCCAGUUGAGUUCUAAACCAGUGUUAUGAAUGAGUGUAAAAACGAACAGUAUGUAACCAGUGCAGGUGGGUGUGAGGUAUCAUAAGAAAGCACAGCUGGUUAUUUUCCAAGGGGCCAUCUCAUCAAACCAUUAGUGGUUCACUCAUUGCAUGUGGUCUCCAUCUCGGAGACUUGCCCCUGAGUUAUGCUUCUCUGAGUUAUGCUCCUCUUAGCUUUAUUUGUUUAAAUGGCACCACUGUGAUUUGUUAACUUUUUUUUUCCUGGACUCCCUCCUUCUGGUCUUUGCUUGCAGCCUCGAUUGUUCAGUUGUUACCUCCAGAGUCACAGUUCUCAUCUGUGACACCAACACCAAUGUUCUUGUCAGGAAAACAUAAAACUAACCCAGCUAACACCAGUCACCUGCAGGAGACUGGCGACAGUAGGCUCCCUGGGAACUUCCUGAGAUUGAAUGUCAGUUCUGCAGUGUCAAUGCCACACACUGCUGAUUUUGCGGUUGACUUUUUAUUCCUAAAGCAGCCUAGAUUUCCCACUGGAUCACCUCCUGAAAGACAAACUGGAUAUUGACCCUGCAGCGCAGCUAGUGAGGAGGCAGGUGAAUGGGAAAAUACUGUUUGUGGCAAAAUGAAACUCACCCUCCCCGAUUAUGCUUUAGUUAUUUCUGGGCAGGUAAUGUCUCUUCUGCAUUGGUCACUAUCAUGCAGGUGCCAUCAAACUAGUCGGUUCAGAAAAGCUUUAUUAGUUCACCUUCUUCUAGUUUGUCUGUUAGUAUAGUGGACUGAAAUU